AUGGGGGACAAGGAAAGUGUGGUCUAUAUUAAGAAUGCAAUGGAUGCAGAGUUCGAUAGCUUUUGGGAAAAGGUCAGUUGCUAUGCGGCCAAGACAUUCCCCUUUGAGGAAAGGUGUGAAUUCGUAAAGAAGGCCAAGGAUUGUAACCAGACCGUCCUUGUGCUGCCCUACAUGAAGAUCUUGGCGUGCGAUUUGAAUUGCGUUAAUGCCUUUGAGGAAAUUGUCUUCUUUACCAUGUUCGUAGGAUUCUGUUUCGUGCUAUUGGUACUGCUGAUCCACGUAUGCGAUAAAUACUACAGCCCAACACUGAAGUCCGUAUCGAAAUUUCUCCGCAUGAACGAGCACUUGGCGGGUGUGACCUUGUUGGCCUUUGGUAACAGCUCUGCCGAUAUGUUUUCCAAUCUGGCCGGCAUCCGCGACGAUGGUCCUGUGUUUGGCAAUACCCUGGCUGGUGCCCUGUUUGUGUCCAUGGUUUCUGGUGGCCUGAUCUGCUACAUAAGUCCUUUUAAGAUGAACGCCUACGAAAGUGUUCGUGACAUCUUGUUCCUUAUUUUGGGAGCAAAUCUGCUUAGCUAUUUUCUGGAAACCGAUAGUCAUGUGAGCCAGACGGAAUUCAUAAUUAUGUAUCUUGUGUACUUAUUUUACAUAAUUGUCAAUGUGGCAGAUGUGUACCUAAUUCGGAGGGCUCUAAAGACAACAAAUAGGCAAAUUGAUGAACUGCACAUUGCCCUGCUACAAUGGUCACCGGAAAAGCGGAAGAGGCUAAGUGAGUUGGAGAAACAACAGGGAGCUUAUACCCGAGACGUCGAAGUGGAGAUCUUUGAGAAGACCCAAUCGGGUCCCAAUAUUAACAAAAUAAGGUUUACCACAUCCCGGAUGGCCAAGACCAGGCGUGUUACCUUGAAUAGAAAUACGACGCGGAUUAUUUUGCUGAGUGAUAUGCAUGGAAAGAAUUGGGGUAUAUGGAAGGACUUCUUCUUGGCCCUGAGACCUAUAAAAUGUGCAAAGUGGCAGAAAGCUGAUCUGCUCCAGCGGGCUUUAAUGCUGAUCCAAUUACCUGGGGUGUUCCUGUGCAGCAUUUAUAUACCCCUGGUGAACUACGAGCUGGACAAACAUGGCUGGAACAAGCUUCUGAAUUGCCUUCAAGUAAUGCUUAAUCCAGCACUUUCAAUUAUAGUCAUUAAAGCUUUCCUUGUCUCCACAACAGGCAAAUCGCUUUGGUAUACUAACAUAACUGAGGGUUAUAAAUAUGCAAUUUAUUCACUUGCCUUUACUGUACCAUUUGCCAUUUUUAUGUUUGUUCAAUCCCGUACCGAUGUGCCACCAUUUUACCAUUCGGCCCUCACAGCACUAAAUCUCAGUGGCUCCAUGAUUAUGAUUUUUGUUUGCGCCACAGAAAUAGAUAAGGCCAUGGAGGUGAUUGGUUUUAUAAUGGGAGUUGACAACGAUUUUAUGGGUGCCACAGUGAAGGCCAGUACAGGUUACUUAGGUCACAUUAUUGCCAAUAUGUCAAUGGCCUUGCAUGGAUAUCCGAAGAUGGCCUAUGCCUCUGCCAUCGGAGGACCCUUUUUUACUCUCGUCUUGUCCACCAGCCUUGUGCUGCAUAUCAAAACACGGCUCUUUAACAAUAUCACGCCCAGCAAUCAGUUUGGAAAUUAUGGUGAAAAUGCUUUUAUAUUUCUAAAUUUAGGUCUAUUUCUAACACUUCUAUGGUCCACGACGUUGGGAUUUUUCGCUCGACGUUCUGUGGGAAUCUUUGGUAUAGUCUUAUACAGUAUAUACCUUAUUUUUGCUAUGUUAAUUCAUUGGAACAUAAUCCAUUCGUUUUCUAAUGAUGCUGCAGUUAAAGCAGGGUUUGGCGAUAUAUGAAAAAGAUUUAAUAAAAACUCAAACUCUGUGUAAGGUA